CCUUAGGACAUCAGCUUCCCUCGCUGACACCAGGAUUGACUGAGAUUUGUGCUUGGACCACGCAGAGACAGUCACAGAGAGCCGAGCUGCUGAGACAGGAGAAGGGACUUUCGAAGAGCACAUCAUGGCUGAACCCAAGUCCGUCAAGAUUCUGCUGCUGGGUGCCAAUGAGGCUGGUAAGAGCACAGUGGCAAAGCAGAUGAAGGUUCUACAUCUCGGCGGCUACACUGAUGAGGAAAGGCUGGAUUAUAGAUCACUCAUCUACAGCAACAUACUUUCGUUUACUCUGGCCAUUACUCAGAACAUGGCUGCCCUGGAGAUCAAUUAUGGAUCGCCCAGCGCAGAGGCAGACGCUAAGAAGCUGCAGACCAUGGCAGGGACGAAUGAGGAGGGAAACAUGCCCGCAGACAUGGUAGCACUCAUUGGUAAUCUGUGGGUAGACGCCGGAGUCCAGGCCUGCUUCGAGCGGGCGAAUAUGUAUGAUAUAAAUGACCCUUCAUCCUACUUCCUGGAUGAGUUGGAGAGAGUCUGUGCACCCAACUACGUCCCCACUGAACAGGAUGUGCUGUUCUCUCGAAUCGAGACCACUGGCACCGUUGAGGAACAGUUCCCCUACAAGGACCUGCUCAUCAGGAUGUUCGAUAUGGGGGGUCAGCGCGCUGAGAGGAAGAACUGGAUCAAGUCUUUCUACGAAGUGAACUGCAUAAUCUUCGUCAGUGCUCUUAGUGCUUAUGACUUGGUACUGGUGGAGGAUGACGAGAUGAAUCGCAUGCACGAGAGCCUCCAUCUGUUCAACAGCAUCUGCAACCACAAGUUCUUCGACGCUACCACCAUGGUGCUCUUCCUCAACAAGACAGACCUCUUCAAGAAGAAAAUUGUGAAAUCCCCCCUUAGUGUUUGCUUCCCCAACUAUACUGGUGGCAACACUUAUGAAGAGGGAAGUGACUUUAUCAAGAAGCAGUUUGAGGAGCUGAACCUGAAGAAAGGCGAAAAGGAGAUCUUCACACACAUGGUCACUGCCACGGAUACACCAACUGUGCAGGUGCAAUUCGACACCGUCAUUGACACUGUUGUCAAAAACCUGAAGGCCUGCGGUCUGUACUAAAUCAGAAUUGAUGACAGUCCAUGCACCGACCGACUUGGCUACGACAAACAACAUUUAGACCUGUAAAGCUUGAACAAAACUGAUGUGGUGUAGUUGAUGCAGUCCUGUGAAUACAUAUUCUACUGUUUUGUUUUUUUAUUCAUUUACAAACUGUAAGACUUGGAUAGUCUUGAGGACCUAUUCCCAUGGACAUUAAAACAUUUUUUAAAUCACACCAAGUCGUUCUCACUUGUGCAAUAGUCAACUGUUAGCACCAUAGGCAUACCAUAUAUGACUAAGUGUGUCAUAUAGACAUUUGUAAUGCCUAGGUGGCUCUAUGAGCAUUAGAAAUCACACGCAACAUAAAUAGACCUACCGUAUGUGUAAAUAACACCUAUGCAAUUAAUUUCAACAGAGCUAUGCACAGCAAUUUUUUCUGAAGCCAUCAUCUUAUCUCAGGUGUUCUUCUCUCAUAAAGAAAAAAUGUGCUGUAUGAGGUCAUACAGCAGAAACUUUUGUAAAUUGAAUAUAUGUUUGUUGAUUAAGUUAUCUGUUCAAAUUAUGUACAGGUCAUACAAUGCAUGUUUUUACGGUCAGCCACUAGUAGGCUUCCUAAAUAGUUUUCCAUGUGACCAAUCUCUAAGUAAGGGACAUUUCUUAUUGUAAUUUCUCAACUGAUUUUUAUGAAAGAGUGUUAUGUAAAACUCCAAGUUUUUGGCCAAUAACCUCUAGGAUCUUAAAACACAGGUGGAGUUUCAAUUACUUUGCAGUAAUUAGGUGUGGGAAUUUAAUUGUUUACAGAGCAUGCCUUUAAGAACAUUCCAGAAUCACCCUGCCACAAUGGGUUGACAUUUCUCUCACACCUCCUGAGCCUCUUAUUUCAUCCUCUUUCUCUGUUGCUUUCCAGUGCUUUACCGCAAGAGUUAAACUAAGGGCAAGAAAUUGGUACAAAGUGUAUGGCAUGCAGGAUGAUUUCUUUGUCAUGUUUAGUUUCAUUGGAAUGGUCUCAGUGCGAGUGAUGCAGUGGUCUCAGUCCUGCAGUGGAAUAGAUUAGCCCUAAUAAAGAUCUCAGACACAUGGGAAUUCUAAUCCCUGCAGUCUGCACCCCUCUGGAAGGAAGAGCCCCUCUACUCUCCCCCAUCCGAAUCCUCAUUAUGUGAUCCUACAUACACACACAAAAGGUUGUUUAUACCCUUUUAAUGUAAAGUAUAUUUUGUCCCUUUUAGGAACUUGUAAUUUAAGAUUAUUCACUUCAGAUUUGUUUGAAUGUGUAACUGAUUUAGUUACAAAUAAAUUAUGAUUCUCUGAAUCA